UCCGGAUAUAAUGUUGUGUCAAAUCCUGUUUGCGUCACUGCAAUUUCUAGAUGAGGAAUAAUUUUCCCUUCAUCGGAUAAUCAACUGUCGCCCGGUCGCACCUGUUGUACACAAACAAUAUAAAGGUAAUUAUAAACCCCAUCCUAUUCAUUCAGUCGGUGGUAUUUGACAAUAUGAAUAAGGUACCAGUAAUUUUGUUUUUCUCGGUUUGUGUGUUCUUCGUCUCUGAGGCCUGUAAAUGUGCAGUCAGACAUCCCCAACGAAUUUUCUGUCAGUCAGAUUACGUUAUCCAGGGUAGAAUACUACGGGAACAAUCAGUCGACUCCUGGAGAAAGCGGUACGAAGUGAAAGUACAAGAAAAUUUCAAGAACAGAUAUGCUGACCCAGUCCGGGGUUCCAAAGUUUGGAUUUAUACGGCAUCAUCAUCACCGGCCUGCGGUGUAAUGUUCGACAUCGGCAACAAAUACGUAAUAGCGGGUUCAAGAGAUAUGAAAGGCAAACUAGAGGCGAGCAGCUGUUCCUGGAAUGUUAAAGUAUCGGAUUUGUCUAACUUCCAACGGCAAGCCUUGAGAAACAUGUCAUAUAAGAGAAACUGCGCAUGCAAGAUUAGAGGAUGUCCCCAUGCUCGCUGCGAGAAAAGUGACGGCUGUCUGGUACCAUAUACAAACUCAAACUGCUACCACAGGAAUGCAUUGUGUAAACAGUCUGGCAAUACCUGUUCAUGGACACCAAACAUUUGUUGAAAGACAAACCACCGACUCUUAAAACAUGGUCAUCUUCAAUAAAGAAUUUUAAAGUUGU